AUGCUGCUGGCCGUGGCGCUCCGCCCCUCUCCUCCAAUCUCGGAAUCUUAUAUAGCUGCCCGUCCCAGGCACGCGGCCCGUCGCGCAGCCUGGCAGCCCUCCUCGCUUCCCAUGCCAGCUUCCGGCUACGACCCUGCUUCCGUGCCACUAGAUGGCCUGAACAUUAUAAAUCUACCUCUACGACACCAGACAGCCUCACUCACGAAUACUUCCGAGUGUAUCCCAGGUAGCCCGAGCAGGACCUCUACUUCCACUUGCUCCAGCCGCUCGUCGCCGUCCCGGAGGAGAUCCGUCUCGAGUAUGAAGGGCCUGAUGCCGCUUACACUGUCCGCUUCAGCCUCAAGUUACACAACCCCGAUUCUCCCUGAAGACAGCAUGGAACAGCGGGUCGACGACUACUUACCCGAGCUGCUUGCCCGCGACUUGGAACUCGCCAGCGACGUCUUCACUUCUAAAAGCAUGACGGCAGGUACCCCAUCAUAUUCCAUCGUCGCCGAGUACAUGGCGCGAGCAAGAGCCGCCGGUCAUUUUACGAACCGACUCAGCAUGGCUUCCGCAUUUCAGCCAGCGUCCUCUCGGGUCCAGAUUCUCGGGGCUAUCGAAGAAAAGGACUCGAUGGCUUCGUUUCUCGAGCAGCAACACCAACACCGUCACAGCUACCCAGACACAUCCGACAUGGAUAGUCUUUUAAGUGAGGAUGAGUCUUCAGGCAUGCCUCCCCCGUCGUUUCGAUACCGCCGAAACACAUCUAUUAUCACAGCGGCGACGUCUGUUGAAGGUUCAGUACGGAAGCAAUCUCCCCAACCACCAUCGCCGCCUGCAGAACCUGCGCACUGCAGCUGGAUCGAUGGCGACUCUGGCCCCGAGUUUGAUGAAGCCGAUGAGGAGUCGGAUUCGGAUGCUGCGCCAGAACCACUAUCACCUCUUUUAUUCCCUCUCUCACCCCGGCCACCCCGGCCCUCCACGCCGCCUACAGUCGUGGACAAUGACCCUUUUCCGCUCGAUUAUGAGCAGUCUGCCGCCGUCUUUCGCAGCCGGCUGAUUCACAAAAAGUCGCAUUCCGUGACUGGAGUUACAACCUUUGAAUCGCUUCAGCCAUCACCCCUCGUCUUGCCAGCGACCGCGAGAAGAAUAUCAAAACAUGGUCUCCCAGAGAUAUUUUCGGAACAGUCCUCUGAUCGCACAAACAUCCCUGCACAAGAGUUUCAGCGAGCCACAUCGCCUGGUCCGUCUCCUGUCGAGCGACGCACCCCCAUGUCACACAUCCUUCCCUCGACACCUCCGCCUGUUCCCCAAAAACACCACCAAAGACUAUCGCGCAUAAGCGCUGAGAGCCUCCAAAAGCAGUCACCAACUACCGUCGUUGCUGCCCGCCAACCAGCACCGAUCCUGGAAUCCCCACCAAUGAGUGACGCUUACACCUCUGAUGCAGACGCUGAAGAGAGCAGUCUCUACAACGACCACGAGAGUUCCUGGAGAGGUCUAGGGCCAGACUAUUCGAGGGCAACUCCUCCUGCCUCGCCGUCUCGCAAUGUUGUUACAUUGGCAAACACAGCAAAGCCCUAUGUUCCAAACUUUGGAGGCGAUGAGCUCGCGAGAGUCGUACCGCUACCGCCGGAUGUGAUUGAAACCCUCCGAGUCUCUGUCGCAUGCUUCCCAGAGACCAUUCUUCUCUCGUCUAGCUUGACGAUUGAUACGAUCCGCUCGUACUCAAAGAAGAUGAGGCUACCCGAUACCAACCUCUUGAGACUCCCAUCUCCCCUUGCAUCUGAAGGCACUGGACGGAAGUCUAUCUGGCAAAAGGUCAACCCGCUGAAGAGAGCAUCUUCCGCUAGCCUACGACAGAGCGCCAUGCUGUCUGCCAACAGAAGCCGCGCCGGCAGUAUUGGGGGCAUGGAUUCGCAAAAGGCCUGGAGUGCGAUUCAAAAUGUUUUUGGCACCUGCUCCGAGUACAUAUGUGAUGCUCUGUUCGCACAUAUCAUGGCGUACAAUUACGUCUCUGCCUUGCUUGCCCGCAGCGCCGCGUCCGCGCCGCCUUCGGACCUCGUGCGGCAUAUGAGCAGCCGCCGCACUACUGGCCGCGCCUCAGCAGACCGACAGCAGGACGACAUUCCUAAAAAGGCAGCAUCCCUUCUUGGCUUGGGCGACACAUCCAUUGAGCCUCCUGCUGCCGGUGGGCGCAACAGUCGCAUUGCUCGGCGAACCAGCACCAUGACCAGUACGACAUCGCGGCCGUGGUCCAGGGACGAGCUGCUGCCCAGCAACCCGGCCUCGAGUGCUGGAAACGAGGGCCCUGUGCGCACCGUUCAGGAGGGCUUGUACAAGUGCAUUGUGCGACUCAUCGCCACGGCGCGUCUCAUGUCUGCGAGCGGUCGGCUUGAUGAGCCCAUCAGUGACGCCGACGUCACCGAUGCCGACGCCUUGUUUAUGAGAAGUCUCUGUGAGAUUGUGCGACUUGUUGAGGAGACGUCGUGA